CCUGGUGCGAUGGUGCCCACUUCAAGGAGCAUUUAAGCCCGUCAUUUUCUUCAUAUUUUAGUACCAUUUUUGGAAAGUUAACUUUAUCUUCAUCCUUAGGACCUUGUCUUUCUUUAUUUUAAUACUCAAGUAUAUUUAUACACUCCAGCUUCUCAUUUAUACGAUACCUGAAUCAGCCUUCUUACACCUUCUCUCCUAGUCUAAAGCAGCGUUGAAGGUUAGUUCAUUAUUGUAAGGGAAUAUUACAUAGGCUUUCAGUAAAACAUUCAGAAUGAAGAAUACUGACACAACAACACUCACCAAACCCCUGAGGAAAAAAGUAGAUUUCAAUGAUUAUUUGUCAUCUUUUACAAAAAAAUAUGGAACGUAUGGGGUUGUCGGUGCUGCUGUUGUUGGUGUGAUCGUACCCGUAUUGUUUUCCUCCAUUCUAAUGGGCAAGAAAAAGGGGAAAAAAAGAGGAGUUCCAGUUAAAGUGGGUGGUGAAGCAGGUUAUACUGUGCGCAAUGCUCGAAAUCCUGAGUUGGUUCAGUUUCCUUGGGAAGGGGCCACUACAAUAGCUGCACUUUUCGAGCAAUGUUGUGAAAAGUACUCACGAAAUCCAUGUCUGGGAACAAGAAAAGUAAUUAAGAAGGACUUUGUUGCUUCCAGUGAUGAAAGGAAAUUCGAGAAGGUACACCUAGGGGAUUAUGAAUGGCAAACCUAUGGACAGGUUUAUAAACGUGCUUGCCAUUUUGCAUCCGGGCUUGUUAAUUUUGGUCAUAAUGUUGAUACUCAUGUUGCGAUUUUUUCUGAAACUCGAGCAGAGUGGCAAAUUGCCUUUCAGGGAUGCCUUAGGCAGAAUGUAACAGUUGUCACUGUUUAUGCUUCACUAGGUGAAGAUGCCUUGAUCCAUUCUCUGAAUGAGACCCAGGUAUCAACCUUGAUCUGUGAAUCCAAGCAGCUAAAAACGUUGGCUGCAAUACGCACAAGACUGAAAACGGUUACAAAUAUCAUUUACUUCGAAGAUGAUGAGAAUGUGAAUAUUUCUGAUUUGUUUGGAAGCACGAGUGGUUGGAAUGUUUCUUCUUUUAAUGAAAUUGAAUCACGUGGAGAAAGAGCACCUGUUGCUCCUUGUCUACCCUCCAAGGAUGGUGUAGCAGUUAUAAUGUAUACAAGUGGCAGUACGGGUCUGUCAAAGGGAGUCAUGAUAACUCAUGGGAACAUUGUAGCCCUUGCUGCAGCAGUUAUGACUAUUAUCCAAGGACUGGGAAGAAAUGAUGUAUAUUUGGCAUAUUUGCCCUUAGCUCAUGUUCUGGAACUGGCAGCUGAGUCGGUGAUGCUGAGUGCAGGUUGUGCAAUUGGCUAUGGUUCACCUUUGACACUAACAGAUGCUUCUAGUAAAAUCAUGAAAGGGACCAAGGGAGAUGCUUCUGUAUUGAAACCCACUCUCAUGGCAGCUGUUCCUGCUAUUUUAGAUCGUGUUCGGGAUGGCGUUCUGAAAAAGAUUGACGAUAUGGGAGGAUUAGCAAAGAAACUUUUUUAUUUUGCUUAUAAACGGCGACUGCAAGCUAUAGAAGGAAGCUGGUUUGGUGCUUGGGGACUUGAGAAAUGGUUUUGGGAUGUUAUCGUUUUUGAAAAAGUACGUUCUGCACUUGGAGGUCGCAUCCGAAUCAUGCUGUCUGGUGGGGCACCUUUAUCUGGAAAUUCCCAACACUUCAUCAACAUUUGCAUGGGGGCUCCCGUAUGUCAAGGAUAUGGCUUGACAGAAACAUGUGCUGGAACUGCUUUUACCGAGUGGGACGACACAAGUGUGGGCCGAGUUGGGCCACCGGUUCCUUCUUGUUACAUUAAGCUUGUUAACUGGGCAGAAGGUGGGUAUACAACGUCCGACAAACCGAUGCCUCGUGGAGAGAUCGUUAUUGGGGGAUACAGUGUAACUUCUGGCUAUUUCAACAAUCCUGAGAAAACUGCAGAAGUUUACAAGGUUGAUGAGAGGGGUAUGCGCUGGUUUUACACGGGAGAUAUUGGACAAUUUCAUACUGAUGGAUGCCUUGAGAUUAUUGACAGGAAAAAGGAUAUUGUUAAACUUCAACAUGGAGAGUAUAUAUCCCUCGGAAAGGUUGAGGCAGCACUGUUGUCGAGCCAUUUUGUCGACAAUUUGAUGGUACAUGCAGACCCCUUUCACAGCUAUUGUGUGGCUUUGAUUGUUCCAUCACAGGAGGUUCUUGAGAAGUGGGCCAAAGAAGCUGGUAUAGAGUACAAAGAUUUCCCAGAACUGUGUGACAAAGCUGAAACUGUUACUGAGGUCCAAAAAUCUCUUUCAAAGGUGGCAAAGGAUGUAAAGCUGAACAAAUUCGAAGUGCCAGCAAAGAUUAAUCUGAUGGCAGAAGCAUGGACACCUGAGUCAGGGUUGGUCACAGCUGCACUCAAAAUUAAGAGGGAACAGCUCAAGACAAGGUUCAAAGAUGAACUCCAAAAGAUGUACCACUGAAAUCAUAAAAGUUGGUGAAAGGUGUUGUGGCUACUGUGUAAGCUUUACUGUGUGUUGAGAUUAAAAAAAAGGGGCAGAUUUGUCUUUAAAUCAGAGUUUGUCUAAAGGAAAUCUGCCCCGCUGUUAAGUUGUACUACAUUAUUUUAUAUAAACAGU